CACCAUAGAGAGGGAGUCGGGCGGAAAAGCGCGCGAGGCUCCCGGAUGAGGAAAUCAAAAGGGAGCCCAGGCGCGUGCGCUUCCUGCGGGGAGCGGGUCCGCCACGCCCCCCUCUCCGGUGCUGUGGAAAUGCAAGAUCUUGUAAAAAUGUUUGGUGUCUAAUAACUGAGAAGAACAAGAAUUCAGGAUGAAGACCAGCAAGGUCUACAAGCUCGUCAUUCACAAGAAAGGCUUUGGAAGCAGCGAUGAUGAGCUUGUGGUGAACCCCAAAGUAUUUCUUCAGAUCAAGCUGGGAGACAUUGUGGAAAUUGCACACCCCAAUGAUGAAUACAGCCCUUUGCUCCUACAAGUGAAGUCACUUAAGGAGGACUUACAGAAAGAAACCAUAAGUGUAGAUCAGACUGUGGCACAGGUGUUCCGACUGAGACCCUACCAGGAUGUCCAUGUGAACGUUGUUGACCCAAAGGAAGUGACCCUUGAUCUGGUGGAGCUGACGUUCAAGGAUCAGUACAUCGGGCGUGGGGACAUGUGGCGACUGAAGAAGAGCUUGGUUGGCACGUGUGCCUAUGUCACUCAGAAGGUGGAAUUUGCAGGUAUUCGGGCUCAAGCAGGCGAACUUUGGGUCAAAAGUGAGAAGGUCACAUGUGGCUACAUCAGUGAAGACACUCGGGUUGUCUUCCGCUCAACCUCUGCCAUGGUAUAUAUCUUCAUCCAGAUGAGCUGUGAAAUGUGGGAUUUUGACAUCUAUGGGGACCUUUACUUUGAGAAAGCUGUGAAUGGUUUCCUCGCUGAUCUCUUCACCAAGUGGAAGGAGAAGAACUGCAGCCAUGAAGUGACUGUGGUCCUGUUUUCUAGAACGUUCUAUGAUGCAAAAUCCUUGAAUGAAUUUCCAGAGACACAGCGUGCCUCAAUUCAGCAGGAUCAUGAAGGAAGAUUCUAUGAAGAUUUUUACAAGGUGGUGGUUCAGAACGAAAGACGAGAGGAGUGGACAUCGUUGCUUGUUACCAUUAAGAAACUCUUCAUCCAGUACCCUAUCCUGGUGCGUUUGGAGCAGGCAGAGGGCUUUCCUCCAGGGUACAAUUCCACCUCCGCUCAAGGAAAUUAUUUGGAAGCCAUAAACCUCUCCUUCAAUGUGUUCGACAAGCAUUACAUCAAUCGAAACUUUGACCGGACGGGGCAGAUGUCUGUAGUCAUCACGCCUGGCGUGGGAGUCUUCGAAGUGGACCGGCUCCUCAUGAUCUUGACCAAGCAGCGCAUGAUAGAUAAUGGGAUUGGGGUGGACUUGGUGUGCAUGGGAGAGCAGCCCCUCCACGCCGUGCCCCUCUUCAAGCUGCACAAUCGCUGCAGUCCUGGGGACUCUCGCUUGGGGGAUGACUACAAUAUACCACACUGGAUAAACCACAGUUUCUACACCUCCAAAAGCCAGCUCCAGUGUAACAGCUUCACUCCACGGAUCAAACUGGCUGCCAGGAAACCGCAGAGUGAAAAACUGAAAAGUAGCAGGGAUGCCUCUUUGGGAGCCCCGAAAGAGACAGAGAACGCUCUCCCCAUCCAAGUGGAUUACGAUGGUUACGACGCCCAGGUUUUCCGUCUCCCGGGGCCGUCCAGAGCUCAGCGUUGUACCACCUUCAGGUCCGUCCGGGAACGAGAGAGCCGCCCCCGGAAGAGCUCCAGCUCCUAUGAUGUUUCCUCCAGCCCUUCCCUGCAGAGCCGGCCUCUGCCCCCAGAAGAGGUGCGGAGCCAGGCCUCGGACGACAGCUCCCUGGGAAAGAUCUCCAACAUCCUGAUGAUCCCCCGCCAGCACCUCCACCUCCAGUACGAAGUCAGCAGCUCCUUGGGCUACACCAGCACCCGAGACGCCCUUGAGAAUAUGAUGGAGUCUCAGCAGCGAGACUCCAGUGCCCCAGGGAGAUUUCAUGUCGGGAGUGCUGAGUCCAUGCUGCACAUCCGUUCUGCUGGGGGCUAUGCGCCGCAGAGGGCCCUCAUCAACCCCUUUGCCCCCUCCAGGAUGCCCAUGAAACUCACAUCGAACCGGAGGCGCUGGAUGCACACGUUCCCCGUGGGUCCUUCUGGAGAAGCCAUCCAGAUCCACCAUCAGACACGUCAGAACAUGGCCGAGAUGCAGGGCAGUGGGCAGAGGGACUGGACCCACUCCUCUGCGGAACUGCUGGAGCUGGCCUAUCACGAGGCAGCUGGGAGGCAUGGAGUUUCUCACCAUCCAGAUGACGGCACUUCCUUCAUGAGCUUCAGUGGCAUGGAAGAUUACUCUAACCAGCUCACUGGCAGCCAUGCCACAGGAAUGAAUGCCCGAAACCAGAACAAGGACUCCCUGGAGAGCGCCGUCUCUAACUCUCCAGAUCCGAUUCUGACGCUGUCUGCUCCCCCCGUAGUGCCAGGCUUCUGUUGUACAGUUGGGGUGGACUGGAAGUCUCUUACCACGCCCGCCUGCCUCCCCCUCACCACGGAUUAUUUCCCGGACCGCCAGAGCCUGCAGAACGACUACACCGAAGGGUGCUAUGACCUGCUGCCCGAAGCAGAUCUGGACAGGAGGGACGAGGAAGGUGUGCAGAUGACGGCCCAGCAAGUGUUUGAGGAGUUCAUAUGCCAGAGGCUCAUGCAGGGCUACCAGCUCAUCGUGCAAAGCAAGCCUCAGAAGCCGCCUGCAGCCGUCCAGCCGCCUCUCAGCAGCAGCCCCUUGUACAGCAGAGGCCUCGUGUCACGAAUCCGGGCUGAAGAGGAGGACCAGUACUGGCUGAGCAUGGGCCGCACCUUCCACAAAGUGAUAUUGAAGGACAAAAUCAUUACCGUCACUCGUUAUUUGCCAAAGUAUCCGUAUGAAUCAGCCCAGAUAAAUUACACCUACAGCCUGUGCCCUUCCCACUCUGACUCUGAGUUUGUCUCUUGCUGGGUUGAGUUUUCCCAUGAGAGGUUAGAGGAAUACAAAUGGAAUUACCUGGACCAGUACAUCUGCUCCGCAGGUUCGGAGGAUUUCAGUCUCAUUGAGUCGCUGAAGUUCUGGCGGACUCGCUUCCUGCUGCUGCCGGCCUGCAUCAGUGCCACGAAGCGCAUCAUGGAGGGUGAGGCGCACUGUGACGUCUACGGGGGCAAGGCUCGCUCGGACGAGGAGGAGUGGCAGCUCCUGGAUGGCUUCAUCCGCUUUGUGGAGGGGCUGAACCGCAUCCGCAGGCGCCACCGGUCGGACCGGAUGAUCCGGAAAGGGACCACUAUGAAAGGCUUGCAGAUGGCAGGUCCGCUUUCCGCUCAUUCUUUGGAACCGUCCGGGCCUCCCCCUCUCGGUAAGAAGGGGACCUCUGCGCUCUCGGCUCUGCUGGAGAUGGAAGCCAGCCAGAAGACCCUGGGAGAGCAGCAGGCAGCAGCAGCAGCAGCAGCAGCACUUGCUGGGAAGAGCUCCAGCCAGCCACCCGAGAACAACAGCAGCAUGGCCAUGACACCGACGUAUGUGGACAGUCCACGUAAGGAUGGGACCUUCUUUGUGGAGUAUGUCCGGAGCCCACGCACAGCAUCUGCCUUCCACACGCAGGUCUCGAUUGAUCAGACAGCUGCUGCCACUCUUGAAGGCAUUGCGCUGAGCAACGUAGGCCAGUCCACAGACAGGAGCAUCAGCCAAGCCUUUGCCAGCUCCCAGAACUUAGGAGACCAAGGAUCUGCCACAUCUGGUUCCGUCGAGAACAGCUCUCAGCCAUCCUCAGCAAGCUCCCUGACCUCAUCUUCUACUUUGAUAGAGAUCCUUGAAGCCAUGAAGCACCCCACCACAGGGAUCCAGCUGCUGUCAGAACAGAAGGGGCUCUCUCCAUCCUGCUUCAUCAGCGCGGAGGUGGUCCACUGGCUGGUGAACAUGGUGGAAGGGGUGCAGACCCAGGCCAUGGCCAUUGACAUCAUGCAGAAAAUGCUGGACGAGCAGCUCAUCACCCAUGCCUCAGGAGAGGCCCUUCGCACCUUCAUCUAUGGGUUUUACUUCUACAAGAUCAUGGAAGACAAGGAGCAGGAGCGAGUGGGAAUCCAGCAGCCAGCCAUGUGGCACACAGCCGCUAAGGACGACUUCUCUGCCUUCCAACGGAAGUGGUUUGAGGUGGCCUUCGUGGCCGAGGAGCUCCUCCACUCUGAGAUCCCGGCUUUCCUUCUGCCUUGGCUACCCAGCCGCCCGGCCUCCUACGCCAGCAGGCACAGCUCCUUCAGCCGCAGCUUUGGAGGACGGAGCCAGGCAGCUGCGCUGUUAGCUGCCACAGUGCCGGAACAGCGGACGGUGACGCUAGACGUGGACAUCAACAACCGCACGGACCGCCUGGAGUGGUGCAGCUGCUACUACCACGGCAAUUUCUCCCUCAAUGCCGCCUUCGAGAUCAAGCUGCACUGGAUGGCUGUGACGGCGGCCGUUCUCUUUGAGAUGGUCCAAGGUUGGCAUCGCAAAGCCACUUCCUGUGGGUUUCUGCUGGUCCCUGUCCUCGAAGGCCCAUUUGCGCUGCCCAGUUACUUGUACGGAGACCCCCUUCGAGCCCAGCUCUUUAUCCCUCUCAACAUUAGCUGCCUGCUGAAGGAGGGCACCGAGCACCUCUUUGAUGGCUUUGAGCCAGAGACCUACUGGGACCGCAUGAAUCUCCUUCAGGAGGUGAUCGCACACAGGUUUGGGUUUGUGCAAGAUAAAUAUUCUGCCUCUGCAUUCAACUUCCCUUCAGAGAACAAACCCCAGUACAUUCAUGUCACAGGGACUGUGUUCCUUCAGCUGCCGUACUCCAAGCGGAAGUUCUCUGGACAGCAGCGACGGCGGCGCAACUCCACAAGCUCCACCAACCAGAAUGUCUUCUGCGAGGAGCGCAUCGGCUAUAACUGGGCCUACAACACCAUGCUGACCAAAACAUGGCGGUCCAGCGCCACAGGGGAUGAGAAGUUUGCCGACCGGCUGCUAAAGGACUUUACUGACUUCUGCUGGAACAAGGACAACCGGCUGGUCUCCUUCUGGACAGGCUGUCUGGAGAAGAUGCACGCCAGCGCCCCUUGAAGAACCCCCACAACCCACAGAAGUCAAAUGUAGCUGCAAUGAGCUGUCCUGGAAGAGUGGAUGCAAAGAGCAUCUUGAGAAAUCCUGGGCAGGCUCCUGGGAGCAAGGUCUCAGGAUGCCACAAAUGGGCGCUUUUCACAGGUGCAAAUGGAUAAAUCUUACUAUGGGAAGGCGACUUCCGGCCCGAAUGGAGGACAGCCUGAUGGGCAUCAGACAGCAGUGGAAGAAGACCAGAAGCUUUUUCAGAAAAAUGAGCAAAAACCUUUUCAUCUUCUGAAAAUGCUCAUUGGGAGUUUUUUGUGCAUAUGUAAAAUGUUGUACAAUAUUUAUGGAAUAAAAGCACACUGUUCUCCUCCCA